UGCAAGUGGGUCUGCACUGUUUUCACGUCCUUUGUUCAGCCAUGGUGUUUUUGUGUUUAGUCGGUGAGCUCUGCCUCUCCUCCCAGGAGCACGUCAAACGCAUUGUUUCCGAGGAUCCAAGAGAAAAAGUCCAUUGUUGCAGCAGAAGUUUUUAAUCUGGGGAUUUAAAGCACAUCACAUGCUCGGACUGUGCAGCGGGGCGCUCCAACACAACAAGCAAACUACUGGCAAAAAAAGAAAAAAAAAGAAAAAUCCAUGCUGGGGAGGAAACUAUUCAUCCCGAAAGGACUGCUGAAAACAUUUUUAUAGUCUACUACACACGCUGCAAUGCAAGCGCACUUUUGGGGAGUUUAGGAUCGCCCGGAGAAGAAAGAGGACACUAUUCCGUGGAGAGUAAAAAGAUGACGCUCAAGUACAGCCAGCGCUCUCUAAUAGUGCUGUCUUUGCUGGGGAUUUUAUCGGCCAUCAUGUCUGUUUUAUCGGUCAUUUUGAUUUUCCAGCUCCAGUCUCAACAGACGGCAGUGAAGGAGUCUCCACCUUCCACCUCCUCGCUCAUUCCGGCUCCUAUCUGGGCCGUCCUGCUGCCCGUGUCCACGGUGCUCUCUGCCCUGUCCCUCACCCUUCAUCUAAGCUCUGUGGUUGUGUGUCUCCUCCACAGCUACUUUUCAACAGAGGUCUGCAGAGGAGAGCAGGAUACAGAGAGGUAUUUAACCUGCAUAACAUGUCUGAGGCAUUACAUUGAACAUAUGACAUUUGUGUUUCACAGAGCAGACUGGUUUCUUUUGGAUAGCAGAGCUGUACGACAUGUGGCUAUUGGACUGUUCUGCCUGGGGGUUUCUGUCUAUUUGGCAGCUAUGUCCAUUUUUAUGCUCUUGAUAUUUGAGGUGGAGACAGGCAUCGCAAGUGCUUGCGUACUCUCCUCUGGGAUCUUAAUCCUAUUGGUCGUGGUGAUCCACUCUCUGGUCAAAGCUUCCUGUAGUGCCAAGCACUAUCGCGGCGACCACCUCGACACCCUCUACCAGAAUGACCACGGGAGCGGCGGCACGCCUCUCUCCCGAGCCUGCGAGCUCAAAAUUGGCACGGACAAACCACGGAUGCACCGCACCCAGUCUCACCUCCAGCAUCCCAUCUCCUCCUACCCUCCCUGCAGUAACCCGAGACAGCGAGAACAGUACCAGCAGGAGCAGUACUCUCCUGCUGGAGGUUCCCAGGGCCACUCUAGCGAUAAAGACGGCUACAGCAGUGGCGGGAGUUGUCCCCGAAUGCACAGGACCCUCUCCACUGAAUCUGGUUUACUGCAGACCCAGGCUAAACCCUGGAAUGGGGUCAACAAUGAGAUGAGGAGCGUCCUUGCACGCAAGUCAGGGAUUACCGCAAAAGACUCUACUCUUGUGUGACAUGAAGGAAGCGGCGCUCGUGGUUAAAGACGCUGAUUUGCGGACUGCUAACACAUGUGUCAUCUCAAACAGAUGUAGAACUGUCAAUUUGUACCUUUUUACACUCGGCAUGUUUAUCCUGACUGAUUACAGUCAGCAUAGGAUUGAAAAAAACAUACUUUACCUUCAUCAACUGAUCUCUCUUGUUCACAUUUUAAAGCAUUUUUAAAUUAAUUUGAACAUAUUGAGGACAACCUUUGUAGAAUUUGUAGUGUUUUGCAUGAAUGAACUUGAUUCAAAUCUCAUUUUACACACCAAUGUUGCCCAAGGAUCAAUCUGGCAAAUUUCUAGCUUUCAUUGUUAUAAUGUAAAUACUUCAUUCCGAUGUAUGUGGUGGCUUUCUGCCAAAUAUUUGUGCACAAUGUGCAGAUGCGUUUUGUUAGAUAUUGUUCAAAAUGAUUUCGUAUCAACUUUAAGUUAAUUAAUUUGAGAAAGACACAUUCAGAUUACAUGUAGGAUGCUUUUUGACACCUAAAUAAGGAAUUAAAAUAAUGUUUACAAAACCUGUCACCCUUAUAUCAUUUAAAUGCACAUUUCAUAUGAUAUGAAAACACAGGCCUGAAUGUGAUUAGUCAUGCCCGGAGGGAUU